AUGCGAUGCGACGCGGGUGGUGCUGAAAAGAGCAAUGCAAGCGAGGUCGCAGACUGUGUCCAGCAGCUUGCGGUCUAUGCAGCGUGGCAUGCGGCAAACCUGCGAUCCUUCCUGUGGUCCUCGGCGGAUCGUGACAAGCAGAGGGCCGAGGCUUUGGCGCUGCAGCUGGAAGGGCUGAUGCCCGCCGCGGAGGCGCAGACCAUCAAGGCCUUGGCCUUUCGCGCAGCCUGGUUUACAGCCAACCAGCGCCGCUUCAACUUCGCCGACGCUGCUGAAGACCAAAGGGCUGUGGAGUUCUAUGCCGACCUACUGGCGAGCCUGACCAACCCAGAGCUCGCGAAGAACAUCAAGUCUUUGUCGUUGAAUGCCUCCUGGCAUGCGGCCAACACUCGAUCAAUGUUGUGGAGAGAUGCUCGCGAGGAUGCCUGCCGCUUCGAGCGCGACUGCUCGAAGCUGGCGACGCUGCUCCGGCUGCAGUCGGGGAGGCAACAGCAGCCGGAGAACGAGGACGGGGAGGAAAGCGAAGGCUUCCGAACCCCUCGAGAAACGGAGGAGGCGACACCCACAGCGCUGCGGCGAUGCGACUCCGUGUUGGACGAGAUCGUCCUAGCCUGGCUAGCCGUCAAGGUCUCCGAUGGUUCAACGGAGGCCUCCAGCUUCCUUUCUGCGGCCUCCGUUACGGUCAUGGUCUUCGACGUCUUUGGGAAGCUCCUCCAGGGCUUUCAGGCAGACAUGCGCAAGAACAUCGAGAUGGUCCGGCAGCACGUCGAGGGCGAGAUCUCCCUGGAGAAGCUCAUCGACGACGAGGCCAAGGCUGCAGGCUCUCAUGCGAAGGCCCUUCGCGAAGGCAACGCCUCCAUGGGCUUGCUCUGGCUGUCCCGGAGCCUUCGCCUCCUCCAGACCAUGUUGGCCAAGCUGGACGCGGGGCAGUUCGUCUCGGAAGUAUCGCUGGAAACCCUGCCCUGCGAAGAUCUGAUGCCAAAGGUGUCUUUGGACUUGCUGCCAUACGAAGAUCUGACGCCGAGGGACCAUGGAUGCUUCGUUGUCAGGAGAUUGUCAAGCUUUCAUCCGGUUCAUUUGUGUGGAGGAGACUAA